UGGCUGGGCGGACUUCUUGGAGUGGGAGAGUCCAUCGCGUCCAGCAAGUCCAGCGUGGUCAAAACGACAGACCGACCGAACCCUCAAUGUCUUGUGCGAGCUGAGUUCGAUCACGCUUCUCUGGGUGUCCACAACCUUGCGCCAGCCACUUUUGAGAGUGGACCUCUCUUCUUUUCGCCUUCGGGUUCGCCCGUGCCUCCGGUUUCGAACAGCGCUUCGCAGCCUGUGGAAGGGUGACCCUUUAACAACCAAGCCGCCUGCCGCGAACUCCCUUUCGCACCUUUGACUUAGGUUGAGAAUCGCUCUCGGUACUGGCUCUCGCAUUUUAGUGUCCCGCCUCAUACGCUACCAUGCUGGUCCGCCUGUCGACGCUGGCGUUCGCCGCCGGCAUCUUGUCGACGCCGUCACUGGUGACUGCCCUGUCGCCAUCCGACAUACCUCCCGAUACCCCCGUUUCCAAACUGCUGGCAUCGGCCCAGAGCCACCUAUCCAAGGGUGAAACUGGCGAUGCCCUCGUAUACUACGACGUGGCCAUCGCCCGAGAUCCCACCAACUACCUGACCUUCUUCAAGCGCGCGACGACCUACCUCUCGCUGGGGCGCACCUCGCAAGCUACCGAUGACUUCGAAAAGGUGCUGUCGUUGAAGCCCGGGUUCGAGGGUGCCCAUGUCCAGUUGGGCAAGCUGAAGGCGCGCGCUGGUGAUUGGGAUGGCGCGAAGGAACACUACCAAAAGGCGAAGAAAACGGAGGAGCUCGCGAGUCUUGAGGAGGCCAAGGGGGCGGCAAGGCUCGCUGAGGCCGCCGCGCAGGCGGAGAACUGGGAAGAGUGCAUCAAGCAGGCUGACGACGCCAUCCUGACCGCCAAUCGCGCCCUGUCGUUGCGGGAGCUGCGUGCGAGGUGCUUGUUUGAGCGAGGUGCUGUCGAGCGAGGCAUUGGCGAUCUCCAGCAUAUCUUGCAGAUGAAGCCCGGUGACACGUCACCCCACGUCAAGAUCUCGGCCAUUCAAUUCUAUGUGCUGGGCCAGUUACAAGAGGGGUUGGCGUCUAUUCGGAAGUGUCUGCACUCCGACCCCGAGUCCAAGGAGUGCAAACGGUUCCUGAAGGUCGGGAAGCUCGUCGAGAAGGGGGUGCAAAAGGCAGCAAAAGCUCUUGAAAAGAACCAGCACAUGACGGCGGUGCGGUCGCUCGUGCCAACAGCGGACGGAGAAGGCUUAAUCAAGGAGGUCAAAGAUGAGGUCAAGGUAUUGAGAGCAGACGGGACGAUACCCAAGUCGGCGGGCAAUGCCCUAGUGGCGAGGUUGGUCGGGAUGGCUUGCCAUGCAUACUACGAGUCGAACAGCAAGAAGGCAAAGGAGUACUGCGAAGAAGCGCUCCAAGAAGAUGAGAACUCGUUCUACGGCCUACUUUACCGCGCGAAGCACCUUAUGGAUGCGGACGAAUUCGAAGCCAGCAUCAACACCCUCCGCAAAGCCGCCGAAGCGCACCCUGGCAAGGACGACAUCAUCAACCCGCUCAUGCAAAAGGCCCAGGUCGCGCUCAAGCGCAGCAAGACAAAGGAUUACUACAAGGUCCUCGGCGUCAGCCACGACGCCGACGAGCGCCAAAUCAAGGCUGCCUACCGCAAGCUGUCCAAGCUGCACCACCCGGACAAAGCCGUCAAGCAGGGGCUCACCAAGGAGGAGGCCGAGAAGAAGAUGGCGGCCAUCAAUGAGGCAUACGAGGUGCUUAGCAACCCCGAGCUGCGCGCCCGCUUCGACCGCGGCGACGACCCCAACUCGAACGAGCAGCCGCAGUUCCACGGGAACCCGUUCGGACAUGGACAUCCGUUCAUGUUCCAGCAGGGUGGCGGCGGCGGCCCACAGUUCCAGUUCAAGUUUGGUGGUUCUGGGUUUCCGUUCGGGAUGUAAAUAUCUAGCGUUUCUCGUCGCAUUUUUCCUUUGGCAUCGGCGCAAGGAGUUUUAGGUGUUUUUGCAUGGAGAGGCGUCGAUGACAGGCAGCACACGCAUGCACCAUCCGGUCGGGCAGGGUUGGAUUGGACUCUU